CGGCUCAAGCUACGACGGCAGCAAGGGUGACAGGGGUGCGACAGCCUAGUUGAGUAUUGACUAGAAAGACACUUGACACCGCGAUCAAGGUCCCUCAGGGCCAGUGUUCGGUCUGGUGCUCGCAACACCAUUGCUUAUACGAGUCUGAGCGCCAUCGACGUAGUGUCAACUACAAAAUGUCGCUGCGAAAGAACGCGAACUCGGCGCAUGCCGAGAUUUCGCUGUCCCAUCUCAAGAACUGUCUCGUCAACCUGCCCUCGAGCCUAGUCAACCUCCUUACCGGCAUCAACACUCCCGCUCAAAAUGUCAUCGUCGAACUCAGCUAUCGCGCAAACGACGGCGCCCAGAAGUCGGUCUAUGUCGGCUGGACCGGCAUGCCAAGCAAGCGCCGCCUUGCCCCGGCCGUCAGCCGCGACGGCAGCGGUAUCCUACAAGGCAGCGGCUCUCGCACCGGCGGGCGCGACCAGGAGGCCGCUCUUGUCGAGAUGGACCCAACGCUGGCGUCGACGCUAGGGUUGCGCGAGGGCCAGCGCGUCGCUGCCUCUGUCCACCUCGACCCCCCGCUCGCCCAUACCGUCCACAUCGAGCCGCUGACCCCCGAAGACUGGGAGAUGAUCGAGCUGCACGCGACCUUCCUCGAGCUCAACAUGAUCUCCCAGGUCCGCGCCCUGCCCAACCCGGCCUACGCCCCGCCCGGCGGCGUCGCUGGCUCUGCCGCCCACUCGUUCGCCCUUCAUCUCUCGCCCACCUCGUCCGCUAGUGUGAGGGUCUCCUCGUUGGUGCCCGCCCUCGGCGCCGAUAUGCCGUUCGCCAAAAUCGCACCCAACGCCGAGGUCAUUGUGGCGCCCAAGGAACGAGCAAAACCGCCGCGGUCCAGUGGCAAAGGUGGAAGGAGCGUGGACGGCUCGCGAAAAAGCUCGGGCAGCAGUUCCCGGCGCAAGAAACAGCCCGAGGAGCGCGGGCCAACGCUGUUUCUCAGGGCCAUCGACCGUCGCUACUGCGACGAGUGGUUUGAUUACGAGGAUGAGGACGAGACACAACAAGGCGCACAGUGGGGACCUGCCGUGUGGGUGGAUCGCGAUCUGCUCUUCACACGGGGCUUCAGGGGUGUCAAGCAUGUGUGCGUGACCGUGAUGCGACCGGCGGCACCUCAACCACAGGACGCGCAGGCAGAGGGCGGGAGCAAGCACGAGCCCGCCAGGGUCAUCGCGAGGCUCUGUGGAUGGGACGACCCUCCCAACGGCUCUAGUGUCACGCUGUCUUCUCCCCUCUGUGCAUCAUUAGGCUGCCAGGGUAUUGUGGGAGGUGUGGUCAAGCUCGAACCUGCUCCUUCCCCCCUGGCGCUAUCCUCGAAGUCAGGGAGGGCUGGGGACGAGAAUGCGGGCGAGGAUGAAUCUCCGAACACGGUCAGACGGAUCAAGGUCUUCCCAUUUUUGAGCCCUGGCGUCUCACCAACCGCCUCCGGGCUCAAGUUUGGAGGAGAAUCACGCGCGGAGAAAGAAGAGGCUGCCAAAAGGCUUAGGCUGGUCUAUGACCGCAAGGACGGCAAUGGGCUGCUGUCUGGUCCUCUAACCGAUGGCCAGAUUCUCGGUGUCUACGACGGGAUCGAGCAGUCACAAGGAUGGGAGGGCGGUAUCAUCAGGUUUGACCCCCCGCCUAAGCCCGGCCAGGCAGGUAAGGAGCCUGCUGCCUGGGUAUUAAGCUCCCAGAAGCAGAUUCCUUUGGAUAUUCAGCCUCCAGUGCCUCGGCCCAAGGACGCAUAUCUUGAGGACGGUGAAGAUGAAGCCUCAUCGGACAGCGUCCUCGUUGGGAUUGACUCUCUAUUGUCCCAACUCAAAUCACACUUGAGUCACAUGUCCUCCGUUCUCCUUACCGGUGGUCUAGGCUCGGGCAAGACUACAGUCGGGCGGGACAUGGCCUCAGUGCUGAAGCGAGAGUCCUUCUUUCACACAACCUACUUCCCCUGCCGCACGCUCGUCAACGAUGAGAGCAGGAUAUCGACCAUCCGCGAGACACUGAACCGCAUCUUCAUGAGAGCCAGCUGGGGCGCGAGGUUAGGUGGCCAGGCUAUCGUCAUCCUGGACGACCUGGACAAGUUGUGCCCCGCAGAGACGGAGCUUCAAGUUGGCAACGAGAACGGCCGCAGUCGGCAAAUCAGUGAAGCGCUGUGCGCCAUUGUGCGGCAAUACUGUGCCAAGGAUGGCGGCGUGGUUCUCCUGGCAACUGCGCAGGACAAGGAGUCGGUCCACAACGUCAUCGUCGGAGGCCAUGUCGUUCGAGAGAUUGUGGAGCUCAAGUCGCCAGGCAAGGAGGCGAGGAAGAAAAUGAUGGAAGCCAUCACGCGCCAGGGCCCUCUUGCCCCUGAAAGAGACGAACAUCUGGAUGAUGGCAGUGAACAACAGCUGGGGAGCCGCCCCACGACGGCUGAUGGGAGUACAUCGGCUGAUGAUGGCGCCUGGAUGGAUGGACCCAGCCGGCCGACUCGCCAGACUUUUUCGUCGCCAGCCGUGCAGGGAUACAGCCUCCAGCCCGAUCUAGACUUCCUCGAUAUCGCCGGAAGGACCGACGGUUACAUGCCAGGAGACCUCGUGCUCCUGGUCGCACGGGCACGCAACGCGGCGCUGGCGAGGUCUAUCGCCGAGUCCCCUGACGACGACCAACUGGGACUCUUUGGGGGCGUGCCGCUCGGCAUGGAGGAUUUCGAGGAGGCGCUCAAGGGCUUCACGCCAGCCUCGUUGCACAACGUCAGCUUGCAGAGCUCGUCAACAAAGUUUGACUCGAUCGGCGGCCUGGUCGAGACACGGCGCGUGCUGCUCGAGACGCUUCAGUACCCAACCCGAUACGCACCCAUCUUCGCCCAGUGCCCGCUGCGGCUGCGGUCAGGCCUGCUGCUCUACGGCUACCCAGGCUGCGGCAAGACGCUGCUGGCGAGCGCGGUGGCGGGCGAGUGUGGGCUCAACUUCAUCAGCGUCAAGGGCCCCGAGAUCCUGAACAAGUACAUCGGUGCGUCCGAGAAGUCGGUGCGCGACCUGUUCGAGCGGGCACAGGCGGCGCGGCCGUGCGUCUUGUUCUUUGACGAGUUCGACUCGAUCGCGCCCAAGCGUGGGCACGACUCGACCGGCGUCACGGACCGCGUCGUCAACCAGCUGCUCACACAGAUGGACGGCGCCGAGGGGUUGUCUGGCGUCUACGUCCUCGCGGCCACGUCGCGCCCAGACCUUAUCGACCCGGCGCUGCUCCGGCCCGGCCGCCUGGACAAGUCCCUGAUCUGCGACUUCCCGGGGCCCGAGGACCGACUCGACAUCCUGCGGGCCCUGGCCAAGAAGCUCAAGGUCGCCGACGACGUGCUGGGGUCCGACGAGGGCAUGGCGGAGCUCGCGCGCCGCACCGAGGGCUUCACGGGUGCAGACCUGCAGGCGCUCAUGGCCAACUCGCAGCUCGAAGCCAUCCACGACGUGCUGGGCGACCACACGGACGCUGCUGCCGCGCCGUCCUCGAGUAGCGGUAGGCGCAAGCACAAAGGCGGCGGCGGCGGUGACAAGAACUCGGGGUCCGCCGGGUCUGGCAGCAGCAGGAACUAUGUGCAGUUCCUCUACGGCACGCAGGACGCGGCCGACGGCGACGGGCAGCCCAAGGGCACCAUGCUGUCGGCCGAGCUGGCGGAGCGCGCGGCCAUCGCGGCCAAGCUCGACGGCAUCCGCCUCGCGCGCAAGAUGGCCAAGGCAUCGCGGGCGGCUGGCGGUCGCGGCGGGGCUUCCCGGGCCAACGGCAUUGAGGAGAAGCAGAGCGGCGGCGGCGGCAGCAACGAGGUGGUCAUCAACUGGAAGCACCUGAGCAAGGCGCUCGAGGAGACGCGGCCCAGCAUCAGCUCGCAGGAGCGGGCGCGGUUGGAGCGCAUCUACCACGAGUUCGUCGUCGGCCGCAGCGGCCAGAUGAAGGACGGGCAGGGGAGCAUGGAGGUUGGCGGGCGGAGCAGCUUGAUGUGAGCGAGGGUGAUGGCAUCUUGAAUUUGAGGGAUGGAGGGAGGGGACGUUACGACGUUGAUGGGGAUGUAUACAACAUGGCAAAAAUGCAGCUUAAUGUCUCGGCACAAUGCUUGAAUGGUGAUUCUAGUUGAUUAAAACCCACAUCGUAUGGACAUAUCCUUGAAGUCGUGGUUCCUCGUUCCUUGGCCUCUUUACUUCCCUUCCCCUCUUCCUUUCUUUAUUACUCAUUAUACUUCUUAGCAACCGAGAUAGCUUUGAGUGCCUACAGCCAUUCUGAACUUGGUAUGAAUAGUCAUCUUCAGAAGGGCGAUGAUAUCAUCAAGCAAACAUUGACACGUCG